AUGGCGAAGAAGGUGGCCAUCAUCGGAGGGGGCAGCAGCGGGUUGUGCGCCAUCAAAGCCUGCCUGCAAGAGGGGCUGGAGCCCAUCUGCUUCGAGAGGACCGGGGACAUCGGAGGGCUCUGGAGGUUUGAGGAGCGUCCCGAGGAGGGCCGCGCCAGCAUCUACCGCUCCGUCAUCAUCAACACCUCCAAGGAGAUGAUGUGCUUCAGCGACUUCCCCAUCCCUGAGGACUUCCCCAACUACAUGCACAACUCCAAGAUCAUGGAGUACUUCCGAAUGUACGCCCAGCACUUUGACCUGCUCCGCCACAUCCGCUUCAGGACCAGCGUGUGCCGCGUGUCCAAGCGCCCCGACUUCGCCGCCACGGGCCAGUGGGAUGUGGUGACGGAAAGCGAGGGGAAGCAGGAGGCGGCCGUCUUCGACGGUGUGCUGGUGUGCACCGGGCACCACACUGAGGCACACCUCCCGCUGAGCACCUUCCCAGGAAUUGAGAAGUUCAAGGGCUGCUACCUCCACAGCCGAGACUACAAGGAAGCUCGGGAUUUCACAGACAAGAGGGUCGUUGUCAUCGGUAUCGGGAAUUCAGGGUCAGACCUGGCCGUGGAGAUCAGCCAAACGGCCGAGCAGGUCUUCCUCAGCACCCGCCGGGGAGCGUGGAUCCUCAACCGCGUUGGAGAUCAGGGCUACCCCAUAGACAUCGUCUUCACCACCCGCAUGAAGACAUUCCUGAAGAAGCUGCUGAGCGUGUCCACGGUGAACAGCUUCAUGGAGAAGCAGCUGAACAUGAGGUUCGACCACUCGCACUACGGACUGAAGCCAAAGCACAGGGUCUUUGACCAGCACCCGACCAUCAACGACGACCUGCCCAACCGCAUCAUUUCAGGCAGGGUGCUGGUGAAGCCAAACGUCCAGGAGUUCACAGAGACGUCUGCCAUCUUCGAGGAUGGCACCAGGGAAGACAUCGACGCCGUGGUCUUCGCCACAGGAUACAGCUUCUCCUUCCCCUUCCUUGAAGGCUGUGUGAAGGUGGUGGAGAACCAGAUCCCCCUCUACAAAUUCAUGUUCCCCCCUGACCUGGAGAAGCCGACGCUGGCUUUCAUCGGCCUCAUCCAGCCUCUGGGUGCCAUCAUGCCCAUCUCUGAGCUCCAGUGUCGCUGGGCCACCCGUGUCUUCAAGGGGCUGCAGGACCUGCCACCAUCCGCUGACAUGCUGGCUGACAUCGCACAAACCAAGGAGAAAAUGGCCAAGCGGUACGUGAGGAGCCGGCGGCACACCAUCCAAGUGGAUUACAUCCCCUACAUGGACGAGCUCGCCUGCCAGGUGGGGGUCAAGCCCAACCUGCUCGCCCUCUUCCUCACCGACCCCAAGCUGGCGCUGGAGGUGGCCUUUGGGCCCUGCACACCGUACCAGUACCGCCUGCAGGGCCCGGGCAAGUGGGCAGGCGCCAGGGAGGCCAUCCUCACCCAGCAGCAGCGUAUUAUCAAGCCCCUGCAGACACGGCAUGUGGAGAAGCAAGCAUCAGGACCUGCCAUGCCCCUCUUCUUCAAGCUGGUUGGGGCUAUGGCCAUCCUCGCCAUCAUUUUUGCUUACUUGUAG